UCCAAAUUUUAUGUAAGAAAAUGUUAAAAUUUAGCAUUGUAUUGUCAUGGGAGAAAUCCCUCAAAAUUGCAACAUAUUUUCCGACGAGGGAAGAAAAUGGUGAAACUCAACGACCUCCUCAAUUGUCUAGGGAACGUCCACAUAAUACGUUGGCCGUUAACCGAGAUUUUCAUAUCCACCCACCCACCCCUAUCCUCAGUGUUUCGGGUGCAAGUAACCACCUGCAAGAAAUAACCGCAACAAAUUGGUUUCUUGCAGCAAUUUUUACCCGCAAGAAAUGCAAAGUGCAAGAAACUCCUUCCCGCCGCCAUAGUUCUGAAGGCGCGUCGCUAGAUGGCGCUACGUUUCUUGCACUUUCUUGCAUUUCUUGCACCUUGCAUUUCUUGCAUUUCUUGCUUACUCCCGAAUUAAACCAUUUCUUAUAAAACGACUACAUUUUGUCUUCGUCACAGAUUCAAGGACUGGUGACUGGGAUAUAAUUGAUAAUUGUUUUAUCAUAAUUUAGCAUAUUGGGAAUGGAGUGACGAUUGAAAUGGCCCGCGAGAAGGAACAAGUUUUCUUUGCGGAGCGCCGUGAAUUUGACCACCUGGCGGGGAAACUUGGAACGCGCUAUCUAUCCUCGGUCAUGGACGAAUUGCUCAGGAUGAAAAUCAUUUCUUCCUUAAAAGGAUUAAAGGCCGACAUAGUGAAAGGGCUGGAGGAGGCAACGUGCAAAAUUGAGGAACUUACUCCACUUUGUAGUGCUUCACACCAGCAAGAUUUACAGGUUAAUGGACGACAUCAUAAACUCCAUCAUCGUCGACCUGACAGGAAAUACCUCCACACUUUCGCCGACCACUACUGGUUACAGUUCAGGGUCUAAAAUUACCAAAAUGGUGGAACACCAUAAAGAAAAAUUGCACUCUGAAAUCUAUGAUAUUAGUGAGGAAACUAUUGGAUACGUCAUCGUGAACUCAGCUGGGGUGAAUUACCUCCAAUACAAUCUAAACGCUGUACUUCAAAAGGUCGUGCAUGACGAGCUUGCCAAGCUUGUGGAACCCACGACCGCCGUCAUUGAUGAAGCCAAACUGCUGAUUGGCAACUGCUGCAAUUUGGCGAGCGUGAAACUGUCUGAUCAUCCCGUACUAAUGACAAUGAUUCAAUCAAAACUGGAACAAAGUGUGGAAAACCAAGCAAGGAAAUGCAAAAAACCUGAUGACUUCUAUAAUUAAAUGUCAUCAGGUGUACCUUAAUCCGGAUGUCGUGUCCGAUGCCUCGCCAGCCCUUAAAGUGGUCCUUCAUAUGGGUGGUUCGAAAGUAUUCUCUCCGGUGAGUAAACUUUUGGGCGGCCCCUCGGUUUCUUACUUGGACAAGCAAAAAUCAAGCAUGGAUGACUCCAGUCCCCUGGAGAAGGAUUUGCAGGAGAAAAUCCAGAGCGUGAAGAAUCUCGCCAUUCAGCACGUAACUGCUUCCCGGUCAGCAAUUGUGGCCAUGCUGCCGGCCACUAUUAAUCUUCUCAUGGUGGUGAAAUUCUUGCAAGAAAUACUGCCCAACUUAAUCGCUGAGAGUCAUGAUGAAAUUGAGGAAUUCAUUUUGGAGAAUAUGCCGGAUACUGACGACCUUUCAAGAUAUCAGAUGCUCCAGCAGACCUGCGUGCAAUCCAUGGGACACAUUUCCAACCUGCGAGCUGCCCGCCGAAGCAAGUAAUUGGGGUCAAUUGAGUGUUCGUAAUGUCGGCGUCAAUUUUUCUUUUGAAAAUCUGACCCAAUUGUUAUUUUCAUUAUUAUCUGAUCACCAGACGGCGGAUAUGUAUGUAAAUACAUAUUAUUUAGAAGUUUUUCAUAUCAAAUCGGAUCGAAAUAAAAUUUCGUAUACUGACAUCCUGUCUAACGACGGUUGCAAAAAUUCAAACAUGGUUUUCCAUAUUUUAGGCUUUUCGUAGAUAUUAAAUAUUUUCUUACAUAAUUUGAGGAUUUUCCGUACAUAUUUUCCUGUAUGCAUAUUAUAUUUCCAGCUUUCUUUUGUUUAAUUUGUUUGAGCCCACUGUAAAUAGGUCUGGCUAACAUAAUAAAUCGAUACAU